AUGAAGCCAACGCCAAGGCAUCCACACCCUCAGGCCACUUCAGGACUGGUGAUCAAGGAAGGCUACUUCGAUGAGAACGGAUGCAUGUUCCUGACUGGCCGCCCGAAGGAGAUGAUCAACAAAGGGGGUGAAAGUCUCAGCCCAGUCGAAGUUGACAACGUCCUCCUGGCGCACGAAAAGAUUUCCAAGGCCGUCUCGUUCGCAGUGCCAGAUGAGGUCUAUGGCGAAGAUAUCGGUGUUGCCAUCGUUGUUGCAGAUGGAAAAUCUCUCACCGAGCCUGAACUGAUCAAUUGGCUGAAAGACAAAGUGACGGAAGUCAAGGUUUCCAAACGCAUUUGGUUCGUCGACACCAUACCCAAGACUGCCACUGGAAAGCUGCAGCGGCUUGCAGUCGCGAAGACUAUGCUCGAGACCGGCUCCAAGGUCGACUCUCGUGCGACGAGCGAGACGGGAGAUGUAUUAGAAGACCUGCGACAGAUGUGGAGUGAGGUGCUGCGCAUUCCGGCAGCGGAAAUCAAGGACACGGACAAGUUCUCUUCUUUAUCAGGAGACUCUUGA